ACACCUCCAAAGGGACUCCUUCAAUUUCUGUGAAUUUGUAAUUGAUUUCAAGUGGAUGGAUUUAAAUUCUCUCCAUUUACUGCAAUCUAUGAUGGAAAUGAAUCAUCAGACCUGAGUUAACUUUGAUGAGUUAAAAUUAUCACCAUCUUUCGACUGAGAUUGCAGAUUCUAACUGAAAAUAAAUUGUUUCUCUUUUCUAUUUCAUUUAGAAUUCAGUGACUGUCAGAUAUCAUUUUUGUAUUGUUUUCCUCUUGGAUAUCAUUUUUGUAUUGUUUUCCUCUUGGGCAAGUAGAAAAAUUUUAUUGUUAAGUUUUAUUGCCCAUGGUAUCUGAUGUCCAGUAUUAUUCCUUUAUAACUGGACGUUUCGUUUGAAGGGCAGAUAUAAAUAUGGAACAGGUCUUGCGACACAGUUAGCUUGCAUUUCCAUAGGCUCUCUGUUACUUUAACCCUGCUCACAUCUUCUGCUGUUAUAUUUUCCCUUUAAAACUGGUUGUUAUCUAUAUUUCCUACUGCAUCAUUGUGACAUUUUUAUUUGAAAUCUAAUCAUGAUUGACAGCCAAACUGGCGUAGACCAAAGGGUAUUGAUUCUCGGGUUCGAAGAAAGUUCAAGGGAUGUACGUUGAUGCCUAACAUUGGUUAUGGCUCAGACAAGAAGACUCGUCAUUAUCUUCCAAAUGGUUUCAAGAAAUUUGUUGUGCACAACGCCAAAGAGCUUGAGCUGCUCAUGAUGCACAACAGGACAUACUGUGCUGAGAUUGCUCAUGAUGUCUCCACAAGGAAGAGGAAGGAGAUUGUGGAGAGAGCUGCUCAGCUUGAUAUUGUUGUUACUAACAAGCUAGCUAGGUUGCGCAGCCAGGAGGAUGAAUGAGCGUAGACAUGAGCCUUGUUUCAGUAGCCAUUUUAUCAAUUUUGAAUAAUUCUCUUGUUUUUUAUAAGAUAAUUACACCCUCAACGUCAUUUCUAUUAAUGUCAGUGAUUUUACAAUUAUGGUAAAGAUACUCUUAUAUUUACAUCUGCCACUGUUCAACUCUUGCUUUUUACUUGUAUUGGAAAACAUUGCUGCCUUUUUCCUCAAACA